AUGUUUUCCAAUGGAUUGAUUGACAACCAAGGAGGUCAGAUCUGAAACCGUUCUCUUUUCGUCUACAGAAACCCACCUAGGGAGUUUGCUGCUGGACCUGGGUUUUGUGCAACGCUAUAUAGAUAAGCUCACCCUGAGCAUUGUGCUGCAGAUUGAUGAGAAGACAGUUGACGAUGAACCAGCUCAGACUCACUCAGCCCUGCCAUGGACUUUCCUAAAGAGGUUAAUGAUGGUUAAUGUAACAGCUAGGAGUGUGAAAUGUACCUCAUCAGGAGGCGAGGCAAGUUGUGAUGCAGACUUAGAUCUGGAGAGCCUGGUUGAUAACAAAUGUUGUAAGCCCCUUAGACGUUGUUAAUGUUCGUUUUCAGUGCCCCUGCUUCUCCCCAAUUGUGACACAGAACAGUGCACGCUCAUGCUUUGGGCAAUGCGAGACAUUGUCAAGAAGUUCAGACCUCAUUCAUUGGAAGACCCAAGAGGAUUUGUUGAAGACAGGAUUGUUCUGUCUGACCUCCCUAUGGUAUCUUUUGUCAGAUUGAGCAAAUGCUCCUUGUCCAAGUCGCAGAUUCUGAACAAGCUGAACAAGCUGACAUCUUUGGUGAACCGGUCACUGUAGCUAAUCUAAGAGGGGACAUCAGUUCCUUUGAGCCCCAGUACUCCUUUCUUUGCCAGACCUCUGCAGCACUCUUUGUGUUCUUCGACAACCUGGACAACAAGUACAAGCUACUGAACAGCCAACACACCAAGGCACAGCUGUUUCUAGUGGGUAACCCACAGAGCAAGCGCUUCAGCAUCGAUGCUUUAAAGAAAACAGCAGCAGAGUUGAAAUUGAAGAAAAGCAACAUCAUCCUGAAUACCAAACAGAUGAAUGAUGCAGACUUUGUGAAGAACUUGCGAAACACAGUUGGUGAGGUGAUCAAGAGUUCAAAGUCCAAAAUGCCAUUGGAGCAGAUGGCUGAAGUGGCACACGAGCUUGGGAUUUUGGUUGAUGAGGACUGCCAAGAAUGUCAGAGUGCCUAGCAAAAAGUUAAUGGAAUUACCUCAAACAUACAAGACACAUCACAGCAUAAGGAAAGUCAGCUUCCCUUGCGAGGACAGAUCUGGAAGGAGCUGGCACGUCUAGAGAAGGAGGAAUGCAGACUGCGGAAAGCUGGGAACCAUAACCUAGAGAUGUACAAAAGUGAACUCCAAACAGAGAAGAGACAACUUAGGGAACAGCAAAGAUUGUAUGACAUGUCAGAGGCAAUGACCUGCUUCAUACAUGGAAAAUCAAGCACGGGGCUAGAAAGGUCCUACUUUUUGAAAUGGAUGAGAUUGAACCUGGACAAAAUGGCUCGUAAAAACAUUUCUGGCCUUAGGGAGCUGUACAAAGAAAAGUCUCAGAAUUUGUCUGAAAACCAAGAUAAAAUUGCAUACCUUGACAGACAGAUUUCAAACAGUUAUUUGGGAACUGAACAUUUCCUACGUGAAAUGGGUCAACUGUAUGAAUCUGCAGUCUUACUGUGA